AUGCCAGAAGCAAUCAUCAUGUCGUCGCCGCUCAAAAAGCAACCAGAGGCCGUCGCAGACAAGGUCCUCAAGCGAGCCGAGCUGGGCAAGAUCCGUGAAGGACGACCCAGACAUGCUGACCAUUUUGCGCCUCUCGCAACACAGAUGGCCCGCCGGCUGCAGAACCGCCUCGCACUCGCACAGUUCAAGACUAAAUACGGCUGGGAGGACCUGACGCUCGACACCAUCGAGCCCAAGUUCGAGGAGGAGCUGCGGCGGAAGCGCAUGACCGAGGGGGACGUCCUGUCGGACUCGUCGUCCAGCAACUCGGACCUCCCCUACCCCGCGAGAGCGCUCAUGAGCUCGCCGCUCAAGGCGCCCCUCUUCUCGGACGCAAUUGGAUCCAGCAACGGCAGCACCGGCCACCGCAAGCGCACGUAUCACUUGACCUCGUUCGACCUCCCGUCGUCCAGCCCGUCCAAGCGCUUCCGCUCGUCUCCCUCGGCGCACAAGUCCUUCCCCGCCGGCCACGCGACGUGGAAGGACCACCACCAGCUGGCGCAGAGCUCGCCCAUCAAGCCCAGGCGGCAGGAGCACUUCACCACGUCGACGGGGCCCGACGUCUCCUUCUUCCAGGGCUCGCAGAGGAUAGCCGACGCCCUGACCUCGCCGCCCAGGGGGGCCAGCCACUCCUCGGACGACGACGACCUGCUGCCCGUGCACUCGUUCAACGUCCACGCCAGCCGCUCGUCGCCGCCGAGCACGCCACCCAUGGGCAACCGCAGCCUGCACCGGCGCGGCAACGGCGACAGGGCGGGCAACGGCCCGGACGGCAACGGCGGCAAUAACGGCAACGAGAACGGCAACGGCAAGGGCGAGGAGGGCGCCGACCUGCUGCUCUACCUGGCGGCCUCGCCCUCGCCGGCCAACCCGCCGCGCAUGCGGACGCUCAUGGAGCCGCCGUCGACGCCGCCGCCCAAGAACAACCUGGCGCUGCCGUCGUCCAUGAUGACCACGCCGGGCGGCGGCAACCUGUUCCCCAACACGCCCGGGCAGACCUUUGACUUUGCCGACUUUGUCAACAUCACGCCGAGCCCGGCGCAGAAGCCGUGGAAGACGCCCAACCUGGCGCUGGGCGGCCGGACGCCGCUGAGCGUGGCGCGGCGGAGGCUCACCUUUGACGAGCCUCUGGCAUGA